GUAUCUAGUCAUCAGAGUGAGAGAAGCCACAUAAUCGAUGCGUUAAGACUUUUACUUUCGGCCUCAUAAUUUAAAGUUUGUGUAUUGAAAUAAAAUAUUUUUAUAUCUUAAAAGGAUGUCUGGAAAGAGCAAUAAAGCUUUCACGAAAGAAGAGGAGUUGUUAUUACAAGACUUCAGUAGAAAUGUGUCCACGAAAUCGUCAGCUUUAUUCUACGGAAAUGCAUUUAUUGUGUCUGCUAUUCCUAUUUGGCUGUUUUGGAGAGUACACGCACUCGAAGUAAACACAUCAUUAGCUUGGUUCGUCUUCGUCACCUCCGUUAGUACUUGGCUCCUUGCUCUUGCUUACCGCAACACCAAGUUUCAACUCAAGCAUCGUGUGGCGGUUCGUAGAGAAGAUGCAGUAGCCCGUGAAAUGUCCAGGAAGCUAGCUGAUGAUAAGAAAAUGAGCAGAAAGGAAAAGGAUGAAAGAAUCCUGUGGAAGAAAAAUGAGGUUGCAGAUUAUGAGGCGACUACUUUCUCAAUCUUUUACAACAAUGCUCUGUUCCUUACUAUUGUGAUCCUGAGCAGCUUCUACUUACUGCGGACCUUCACACCUACUGUCAACUACAUUGUGUCGCUGACUGCUGCUUCUGGACUGCUGGCUCUGCUGUCGACGGGAACUAAAUAAUGGUUUUAAGUAAAUUCAGUGGACUGUGUUUCACAUUUGUAUAAUAUAAUUGGAAAUCUUGUUUUGCAUAGUACUCAGUUAAGUUAUUUUUACUUGUUGCAGAAUUAAUUUAAGAAUGAAUGAAUGGCAUAGAAAAUAAAGAUUUUUUAAUAAUAA